AUGACUGGUCUCGCCCGACAACCAACCACAAUGAAUGUUAUAGAUGAGAUGCAGUGGGUGCAGGAAGAGGACCCGGCGCCGCGCAACGACUCGGUGCGUCUGCAGCCCGGCUCGCUCGUCACCUCCAGCGGCACCUUCUACGUGGCUGUGGGCUGCGCAUGCGCCAUGAUCGUCGUCGUCGUCGCCGUCACCUCCGUCGUCUACGUCAAGAGCAAGAAGGCGCGCACGCAGGAGUCGCUACAGUUUAGGAUAUCUUCAAUUGCUUAUGUGGUUGAGAUAUAUGAGUGUGAAAACAUUAUAAUGAAGUGA